ACGAUUUAUUAGCUUCGGAGUGUGACUUCUUCGCCAAAGAAGAAGAAGUCAACUAAAGAUCUCAAAUUUAUGUUCACCACUCCGUAAGAAAUAGUCUGCCCAAUUUAGCUUAGCUGACGAAUAUGAAAACGUAACGUUUUAAAACUCUAACACUCAAGCCUCCAUCCAUGUGUAUAUGUUGUUGCAAUAAUGCCAGCCGGGGUGUCGUGGACUCGAUACUUAAGGAUGUACGGAGCCAGCAUAUUGGCGAUGUUUGCUGGGGCACAAGUGGUCCACCUGUACUACUUACCUGACCUGAGUAUACCAGAGCUCCCUCCAAAACCUGGCGAGCUUCAGACAGAACUACUUGGCUUCAAACUAAGAGAAGCAGCCGCACAGCAGCAGAUGGACGCAAAACCGAAGCUGGACCAAUAAAGAAAUAAUAUAUACUGUAAUGGAAAUAUCCUCAGCGCAACGUACGACAUAUAGAAGCCAUCCACUACAGCAUGCUCUUGAGGAAAACAACACACUUGGGACAUUGAAUUGACUUUACGUUUGUUUUAAAUGGAACAAAGCGUGUCAGGAACAGCCUAUUUGAACAGCUAAUUUGGCGUUAAACUGGGGGCGUGUGUGUUUGACCCCCAUUUUACAUGUGUGUGACUGUGAUUGGGUAAUUUUGACCACAGCCACAUCACUUUGCAGAUUUUUAAUCAUGUAAUUACUUUGCAUAUUUAACUAAACCAAUGGAUUGGUUUUAGGGUGUCAAAUAAAGGUGAGGAAUGUAAGGGGC